AGAGAGCGUCUGCCGCGCUCUAGGUAUCGAACGUGAGUGGCGCGGUGCUGGGUACCGCGACGCUUAUAUAAAUGCGCGAAGUCGGCAAGAGCGCUCAGUAUGUGUCAUGCUUUGCGAGCGCGAGCGUCGUCCGUGAUGGCGGCUCGAGUGCGGUUGAAGAUGCAAUGCGGCACCGUCGUAUUGCUACUCGUUGUCAUCAUCGUGGUGUGUGGUGUGGAUUUUGUGUGUGGAAUGUUCGAGCAUCGUCACUGCAAUCAUCAGCAUCCUCGGGCACACGAGGUUAUUCACGGUGUUCACAUAGAAGCAGCGCAUGAAGUAAGAAAACGUAGUAUCAGUCAACCGGUUAGAAUCCUGUUAUCGUACGACGAAAGCGUUUACAGGUUGGACGACGAAAAACUGGAUCUCAUCAACAAUACCAUUUUACCCGAAGCAGUGCACUUUUGGGAGCGGGCACUCAUGGUCCGCGAAACAAAAAGCACUAUUAGAUUAAGCAGGAAAUGCGAAAGUAGCCAAGUAUUUGUUAAAGAUCAUCACACUCACUGUAUAGAUACCUGUCGGCCCAUUACGAUGUGCGGCGAAGUUGUCGUACCCGAAGAUCAUCUCGACGUUUGUAGAACGUGUAACGCAACAGGGCAUAAUUGCGGUAUAGCCGAAGGAAGCAAGGCAGGCCCCGGUAUAGACGGAGCCGAUUUUGUUUUCUACGUAUCCGCGAUGCAAACCGAAAGAUGCCAUAAAGGAUUAACCGUGGCUUACGCGGCCCAUUGCCAACAAGAAGCGGCAUUGGACAGACCGAUUGCUGGUCAUGCCAAUCUAUGCCCGAAAAGCAUAAGCACGAAGCCACAAGAGCUCGAAACUUUGCUAAGUACGGUGAAACACGAAAUAUUACACGCCUUGGGAUUUUCCGUCAGUUUGUACGCCUUCUAUCGGGAUGAAAAUGGAGAACCUAGAACUCCGAGAAGAAGCGACACGGGGAAACCAUUCUUAAACGAAAAGUUACAAACGCAUCAAUGGAGUGAAAACACGAUUCGAACCGUGGUCAGGCCAUAUUGGCAAGUGCAUGGAGGCUACGUAGAAAGAUCGAUACAAAUGAUAGUGACACCGAGAGUUCGUGCCGAAGUUCAAGCUCACUUCAAUUGUCCGGAGCUGGAAGGCGCGGAGCUAGAGGAUCAGGGGGAAGAUGGCACGGCAUUGACACAUUGGGAAAAACGAGUGUUCGAGAACGAAGCAAUGACGGGGACACAUACUCAAAAUCCAGUUUAUUCAAGGAUAACACUUGCUCUUAUGGAAGAUACCGGAUGGUACAGCGCGAAUUACUCGAUGGCACAAGAAUUAGGAUGGGGUAGGAAUCUCGGCUGCAAUUUUUCGAUGAAGUCGUGUAAGGAGUGGAUAUCUUCAAAAUCGUUUCGGUUGUCGGGAAAGUCUAUUCAUCCCUUUUGUAACAAAGUGAAACAAGAUCCAUUACAGACCGAGUGUACCGAUGAUCGAAGUUCAGUGGCAUUGUGUAACUUGAUCAAAUACUCGCAACCUCUACCUAAGAAAUAUCAGAACUUUGACUUUAUACCUCACGUGCCAGCUGGAGAGGAACAAUACUAUGGUGGUUCGGUAUCUCUAGCGGAUUAUUGUCCAUACAUUCAAGAGUUUACGUGGAGAGCUCGAAAUAUAGUAGUUAGAGGCUCUCAUUGUCUCUACGAAGAGAAUAAUCCUCAUCCGGACAAAAAUUUUGCUUUAGAAAAAUACGGUCCACAUUCGAGAUGCUUUGAUCAUACGAAUCAAAUGUGGGAAGAAAGAACGUGUAAACAAGCUAGGCAAUGGCAACAUUGGGGUUCCGGAUGUUAUCGAUAUAAAUGUGAAGUUGGUAGAUUACAUAUUAUAGUCGCAAAUUACACGUACACGUGUUAUCAUGCUGGCCAAGAAAUUGCAAUCAGAAUAAUACAAAAUGACUGGCUUCAUAAAGGAGCUCUAAUUUGCCCUCCAUGUAGAGACAUUUGUCAGGCGGAAUUAAAAGAGAAACACGAAUAUUGCAAGCCGGGAGAUGAACAUCCACCGUCAACGUAUUAUCACAGAGACAAUUUAUAUUGUGCAUCCGCGGCAAAAUUUACAAAUUUAUCCUUACCAUUCCUUACUUUAAUUUAUUUCUUUGUUUUUAGAUGAUAUGUCGUGGAACCUAGGUAAUAUUUUCAUCGAUAUUAAAACUAGUUGACAAAUUGUAAUAACGCAUCGUUGAAACGUUGUUUCUGAAUUCGCAUUUUUGAAUUACGAUACGUAUGUAAAUAUUAGCGUAAUGGCUCAUGGAAAUAUCUUUGAAACCACGUACGUGAGACGUUUCGCGAUAUGAUUCGUAUCUGAACCGAGGUGACAAUUCUAUUUUCACCAUUUAUCGUGUAAAAAGUAUUUUCUUAACAAUUUUAUAUAUCAGCAAAAUAUAUAAAAAUACGCAAAAUACGAGUUUAAAGAUAAACUCGUUUAAACUCAUAUUUUA